GGAGACUGGACAGGGAACUGGACAGGAGAUGGAGACAGGACAGGGGACAGAGACUGGACAGGGAACGGAGACUGGACGGGGAACUGGACAGGUGACGGAGACUGGACGGGGAACUGGACAGGUGACGGAGACUGGACGGGGAACUGGACAGGUGACGGAGACUGGACGGGGAACUGGACAGGUGACGGAGACUGGACGGGGAACUGGACAGGUGACGGAGACUGGACAGGUGACGGAGACUGGACGGGGAACUGGACAGGUGACGGAGACUGGACAUGAGACAGAGACUGGACGGGACCGGACAUGGGAACAGGGACUAGAACAUUGACGGGGACGGAAACAAACACAGUAACAGGGACAGGAACAGAGAAACCACCGGGGACAGGAACUGGAACAAUCACAGAUACGGGGACCAGGACAGGGAGAGACAGGGGUACAAAAGACAUAGGUGGGUGCCCAGGACUGGUAAAAGUCUGUGAGGACAGCCUGGGCACAUAACUAGGGGCAAAGUCAGGAGGCCUAGGAGCAGGCCUGGAAAUACGGGGCCUGGGCCCAAACAUAGUUCUGGGAGCUGCAGGUGCUUGAGCUGGAGCUGGAGCAGCUGGGACUGCUGGUGCUGGAGCUGGAGCAGCUGGGACUGCUGGUGCUGGAGCUGGAGCAGCU